UAAAAAAAACAUUUUUACUGUUCUGCAACAAUUUUUUUUUCAGCAAAGCCAAUCAAGCGUUAACAAACGGUUUUUAGAUUUAGAAUUCUACCUUUCUUUCACACCUGGAGUCAGAUAACAGAGAACAAAUUGUAUGGGACAUGUUAAACAUUCAAGUUGAAACAAAUCUUAAGAUCAUGUUCCUAUAAACCUAUAAUAAAUCUACUGAGAUUACCUGCACAGGGCAUAGGGCAUAGUUGUACACUGACAGACAGUAGAUAAGACUUUGAUUUGCUGAUUAGCAGGCACUCCUCAUAUAACAUGUACAAGAAGAAGAAGAUAGAAGAACAUUGUGGGAUUAUGAACACUUACGAUGAAACUACAGCUUUCCUGGGUCACUGGGGACGUUUCCAGCAGAUUGUCUUCUUCCUCCUCUGUGCCAGCACCAUUCCUAAUGGAUCCGGAGUUUUAUCCAUCAUCUUUGUGGCUGCCAUUCCCAGCCACCACUGCCUGGUUCCUGAGCUCAACCUGACUCAAGAUUGGCUCAAUGUUAUUAUCCCAAUAAAGGUGGUGAAUGGGAAACAGGAGCUGAGUAAAUGCAGCAGAUACAGACUGGAUGUGGUCAGAAAUCUCUCUGCCCAGGCUCUCAUUCCUGGCAGAGACAUCAACCUCACAGACCUGGAGCAGGAGGGCUGUCUGGAUGGGUGGAGCUACAGCAGAGACAUCUACCAAUCUACUAUAGUCUCUGAGUUUGACCUGGUAUGCAGUGAGCAGUGGAAGCAGCCGUUCACCUCUACACUUUACUUCCUAGGAGUUCUUGUUGGAUCUUUCUUCUCAGGACAGCUCUCAGACAGAUAUGGGAGGAAGCCUGUAUUUUUCACAACCAUGGCAGCUCAGACAAUUUUUACCUUUGUUCAAGUCUUCUCUCCUUCAUGGACGGUGUUCUCCAUCCUCCUCUUCUUCAGUGGUUUGGGACAAAUAGGCAACUACUUGUCUGCUUUCGUGCUGGGAACAGAGACCUUGACUGGCAAUGUGCGGGUCUUGUUCUCAUCACUGGGUGUGUGUCUGUGUUUUGCCAUCGGCUACAUGGUUCUCCCACUCUUGGCUUACUUUUUAAGGGACUGGAAAUCUCUUUUGCUGGCUGUCGCUCUGCCUGGUUUGCUCUACAUCCCUCUUUGGUGGUUCAUCACAGAGUCUCCACGGUGGUUGCUGUCUCAGGGACGAGUAGAGGAGGCUGAGGCCAUAGUGAGAAAUGCUGCUAGGAAGAACAAAGUUGAGGCCCCACGGAUCAUCUUUCAAGACUACAGUACCGAUGGGAAAAGUACCUGGUCUAAAAAAGAGGAACACCACACUGUCUUUGAUCUGCUAAAAAGCCACAACAUCAGAGCCACAACACUCAUUCUCUGCUUGGUGUGGUUCAGUCAAGUUACUGGCUAUUUUGGCCUGUCUUUGAACUCACUGAAACUCAGCGCUGACCCCUACAUAAGCUGUUUCAUUUCAGCAGCUGUAGAGUGCCAGGGUACAUUUAGCUGGCUGGCACUGCGAUACUUCCCACGCCGACCUCUGCAGUUCGCAAUGCUUCUGGGAGGUGUCCCUGUUCUCAUUCAGCUCGUGCCUCAAGCUUUACCAGAGGUGUCUGUUGCACUGGAGAUGCUGGGUAAAUAUAGUUUUACCACCAGUUCCUCACUGAUGUUUGCCUACACAGCAGAGCUUUACCCAACAGUGCUCAGGAGCACAGCGACAGGGACAUGUGCCACAUUUUCCAGAGUGGGCACCUGCAUUGCACCUUUUUUGUUACAGCUAAGUGUAUACAAUAAGUAUCUGCCUUACAUUAUACUGGGGACUCUGGCUGUUGUCUCUGCCUUUGCCACUCUUUUCCUACCAGAGAGCUUUGAACAACCUCUACCUGAAACCUUUCAACAGAUGCAUAAGAGAGGGAGGGUGAAGUGUCCCUGCAACACUCGCACAGAAACACCAGAACCUGCUGUGCUUUUGGAAAGUCAACUGUGAUUAAAUAAUGCACUGAAUUAACAUAUAGCAAUUGUAUAUCCUGACUACUCUACUCAAACUGAUCAUUUUACCCAGUAAUAAUAAAGUAAGAACACAUAUUUCAAC